AUGAACAAUCAAGAAGAUCCAGAGAAACUAGAGACACAACCACAAACAAAUAUUAUUGAUGUUCCUGAUGGUGGUUAUGGUUGGUUUGUUGUUCUUGCGGUGUUUUGCUUCAAUGUUGCAACAUGGGCUUCAAAUUCUGCUUUUUCCAUUUAUUUAGCACAUUAUUUACAGUAUCAACAAUUCGCUAAUGCUUCCAAGAUAGACUAUGCUGCAAUUGGUGGUAUUGCGUUUGGUUGUGGGUUGUUCUUAGCACCUAUAAUUAUUUAUUAUAUCACACUAACUGGCCCAAGAAUCUGUAUAUUGACAGGUUGUGCUUUUCAAUUUUGUGGUAUAAUGCUUGCUGCAUUCAGUAAGAAGAUUUGGCAAUUAUAUUUGACUCAAGGUUUAUUGAUCAGUUUUGGGUUAGCAUUUGUAUGUAUCCCUGCAAAUACUUUAUUGCCACAAUGGUUUAGAGAAAAGAGAUCAUUAGCUCAAAGUUUAUCAGCUUCAGGAUCUGGAGCUGGUGGUGUCAUGUUCAAUCUUGCAUUGCAAAGGAUUAUUGAAGUUAAAGAUGUUAAAUGGGCAUUGAUUGUUCAAGCAAUCAUUUGUGCCGUUGUUACAAUUUUCGGAUGUUUAUUAACAAGAACUAGAGAUCAACAUGUCAAACCAACUUUAGAAGUAUUUGAUAUUACACUUUUGAAAAAAUUUGGAUUUUGGAUUGUUUCUUUUUGGAUUGCAACUACAUUAUUGGGAUAUGUUGUCUUAUUAUACAAUUUAGCAGAUUUUACUAAAUCGUUAGGUUAUUCUGGAUCUCAAGGUGCCAUUGUUUCUUGUAUGAUUUCUGUUGGUGUCUUCUUUGGAAGACCUACAGUUGGUUAUUUCUCUGAUAAGUUUGGUGCUAUCUCAGUUGCUAUCGUUGCACAUUUCUUAGUUGCAUUAUUUUGCUUUGCAAUGUGGAUUCCAAUUCGAAAUUAUGCUAGUGCUAUUGCAUUUGCUAUUAUCCAAGGUAGUUUGAUGGGGACUAUUUGGGCCGUCUUAGGUACUGUUGUCUCAAGAGUUGUUGGAUUGAAAAAAUUGAGUGUUACUUUGGGUAUGAUUUGGGUUAUUGUAGGUAUUUUUGGUACAGUUUCUCCAUUAAUUGGUAUUCAACUAAGGGCAGCUCCACCAAAUGGACAAGAAUAUUCACCAAUUCAGUAUCAACAUCCUGCAAUAUGGUGUGGAUGUUGUUAUUUUGCAGCAGCAAUGAGUUUAUGGGUUUUAAGAGCCCACUUGAUUGCUAGAGAUGAAAUCGCCGAAGAUAUGAACACUCAUAUGGAUAAUGGUGAACUGCAUAUAGAAGUUCCUUUCAAGAAAGGUGUUUCCAAAAUGUUUGCACUAUCAAAAACAAGAAAAGUCUAA